CAUCAAAAGCAAGCCACACAUUCACCCAACUCACACUAGACACUCACUCUCCUACCUCCAUCACUCUUUCUGCAGAGGAAGAGAGAGUUCAAAGAAGAGGGCACUGCUGCUGCUGCUGCUGAAGUUGGAUAGUUACUAGCUAAAAGUAGCAUUUUUGGGGUGUACAAAAAAUGGCUGGGACUGGAGUGUUUUCAGAAAUAUUGGAUGGUGAUGCGUACAAGUACUACUCUGAUGGAGAAUGGAAGAAGUCUUCUUCAGGCAAAACUGUUGCUAUUGUCAACCCAACUACAAGAAAGACUCAGUACAAGGUUCAAGCUUGUAAUCAGGAAGAGGUUAACAAAGUGAUGGAACUAGCCAAAAGUGCACAGAAAACAUGGGCCAAAACUCCACUAUGGAAGAGAGCAGAGCUCCUUCACAAGGCAGCUGCUAUCCUGAAAGAGCACAAAGCCCCAAUUGCUGAGUGCCUGAUAAAAGAAAUUGCAAAACCAGCUAAAGAUUCGGUCACUGAGGUUGUGAGGUCAGGGGAUCUUAUUUCCUACACUGCUGAAGAAGGUGUUAGAAUCCUUGGAGAGGGAAAAUUCUUGGUCUCUGAUAGUUUCCCUGGGAAUGAAAGGACCAAGUACUGCCUCACUUCUAAGAUUCCCCUUGGGGUGGUUCUAGCCAUUCCACCCUUUAACUAUCCUGUCAACUUAGCUGUGUCAAAGAUCGGUCCUGCAUUGAUUGCUGGAAACUCCCUUGUGCUCAAGCCUCCAACUCAGGGUGCUGUAUCUUGCUUGCAUAUGGUGCACUGUUUUCACUUGGCUGGUUUUCCCAAAGGCCUAAUCAGCUGCGUCACUGGGAAAGGGUCUGAGAUUGGUGACUUCCUUACCAUGCAUCCUGGUGUGAACUGUAUAAGCUUCACUGGUGGAGAUACUGGUAUUUCAAUUUCAAAGAAGGCAGGCAUGAUCCCUCUUCAGAUGGAAUUAGGAGGGAAAGAUGCCUGCAUAGUGCUUGAAGAUGCUGACCUAGAUUUGGUAGCGGCAAACAUAAUUAAAGGAGGAUUUUCUUACAGUGGUCAAAGAUGCACCGCAAUUAAGGUUGUCUUGGUGAUGGAAUCCGUAGCUGAUGCUCUAGUUGAAAAGGUGAAAGCAAGAGUUGCAAAAUUAAGAGUUGGGCCACCGGAGGACGAUUGUGAUAUCACUCCUGUAGUCACAGAGUCAUCUGCCAAUUUCAUUGAAGGGCUGGUUAUGGAUGCCAAAGAGAAAGGAGCAACAUUUUGCCAGCAGUACAAGAGAGAGGGUAACCUCAUCUGGCCCUUGUUGUUAGAUAAUGUGAGGCCUGAUAUGAGGAUUGCAUGGGAAGAGCCGUUUGGGCCAAUUUUGCCAGUGAUAAGGAUCAACUCUGUGGAAGAAGGAAUUCACCAUUGCAAUGCUAGCAAUUUCGGACUCCAAGGUUGCGUAUUUACAAAGGACAUCAACAAAGCAGUGUUGAUCAGUGAUGCAAUGGAAACCGGGACAGUUCAGAUCAACUCGGCACCAGCUCGUGGGCCAGAUCAUUUCCCUUUCCAGGGUUUGAAGGAUAGCGGUAUUGGAUCUCAAGGCAUCACCAACAGCAUUGACAUGAUGACAAAAGUCAAGACCACUGUUAUCAACUUACCAAGCCCUUCUUACUCCAUGGGUUAGUAUCAUCUAUUAGGGAACCAAUAAUCACAACUAGAUUGUGUGCUACUAGAUUGCUAGUCGUUGUUCUGCUGCAGUAAAUCUGGGCUCUGGUGUGCUCCUAUUUUCUGAUUUGGUUGAAAAUGUUUGAACAUUACUCGAUAAAAAAGAAGAAUAAGAAUUGUAUCUGUUGCUAUCA